AUGAAUCCUGCCCGAGUCACCACGAGCGGCCUUAAGCAGGUGGCCACCCAAGCUUGCCUGAUCCCCCAAUGUCGGCAUCUUGUAACAACGUCGACGGCGACGGGCAUCGGCGCGGUUGAUGUGACUAAGGCGCGGCAGUACUGCCAAAAUCAACUCAGACAUGGUGACUAUGAGGCGUAUCUCAUCCGGCAAUUUGUGCCUCGCUCGGCACAGGAUGCAUAUGAUGCUCUCCGCACACUGAAUCUCGAGCUCGCCCGCCUACCUGAGACCGUGUCCAACGCGACAAUAGGUCACUUUCGGAUCCAAUUUUGGCGGGACACUGUUAAUCAGAUCUUCUCUGGUAACCCCCCGCGCGAGCCCAUAUCGAUCCUGCUGCAUAACGCCAUUACGGGUUUGGCUGAACGUGCAGGCGUUAACAGCGUAAGCCCACUCAAGUUCUGGCUUCUGCGUCUCAUCAACACGCGAGGGAAGCACAUGGAGAACCGCCCCUUCACUAGCCUGGCCGCUCUGGAGGACCAUGCCGAGAACACGUACGCUACGCUGAUGUACAUGACGCUUGCGGCGAUGCCCUUACAGUCCGUGCACAUGGACCACCUAGCGAGCCACAUCGGCAAGGCAUAUGGCAUCGCCGCAACACUCCGAGGUAUCCCCGUGCUCGCGGCACCGUCUCAACCCAUCCACGGACCGUCCGGUUCGAGUGUCGGCACAACGCGGAGCCCCGCACUACUGCUUCCGCUCGAUGUGAUGGUAGCGGCUGGUGUGAAGGAGGAGGAUGUCUUCCGCCGGGGACCUAACGCUGAGGGCCUGCAGGAUGCGGUGUUCCAGGUUGCCACUCGGGCAAACGAUCAUCUUAUCACGGCGCGGGAGAUGUUGAGAAAUUUGCGGUCUGGGAACGGGCCGGGGCACGACUACGAGCAUCAGACCGAGCCGGAACACGCGUAUUCCAACCUGGCGCACGGCGAGGAGGAUACCCCGGCGGUUAUCCAACGUGGCUUUAGUGUAUUGUUGGAGGCCAUUGCAGUAGGAGAUUAUCUCCAGCGCCUCGAGAAGGCUAAUUUUGACCCGUUCCAGGUCAAAACUAGCUGGAAACUACCUUGGUCCCUCUGGAGAUCGCUCAAGCGGAGCGAAAUUUGA